AUGAAUUCAACUGGUGCAGCGCCGGCCACGGCAGAGAAACAGAAUGUUGAGACGAAAGCCACAGAUGCUUCUGCCGCGCCAACGAGCGCUCCUCCGGCCGUGGCCGUUGCCGAUGUCCCCGACCCCGAUGAGGACGACCUAGAUGACUUGGAUGAUAUGCUGGAUGAAUUUUCUACUGUCAAAAUUGACUCUAAAAAGCCCUUGGAAACGCCUGCAGCUGCUGCUGCAGCUGCUGCCGCCGGCGCCGGUCCAGCGCCCGAAGCCGGCGCAAAGACCGAGGAAUCUGUCAACCCCAAAGACACAACAGAAGAAGAUUUCGCCAAGCAGCUCCAAGCUGGCAUGGCAAACUUGCUCAGCGAGCUCGAGAAGUCGCCAGAGAUGCAGGCUGAAUUUGAGAGCAUGUUCAAGGGCAUGGCCACCGCCACUGAGGGCGGCGCUGCUUCCGGGGACGCGGCGGCCACGGCCGAUGCCGCAGCCGCCACCGACGAGUCCUUUCAGGACACGAUCCGGCGCACCAUGGAGCGCAUGCAGACCUCGGGCGAGCAGGCCACGGCGGCUGCGGCCUCGGGUGGCUCUGACAGCUUCAUGUCGGAGCUCCUCAAGCAAAUGACCUCGUCAGGCGGUGCAGGCGCCGACGGCGAGGGCGGCGAGGAGGAGUUUUCCAAGAUGCUCAUGGGCAUGAUGGAGCAGCUCACCAACAAGGAGAUCCUCUACGAGCCCAUGAAGGAGCUACAUGACAAGUUCCCUGUCUGGCUGUCGGCCAACCGCGAAAAGACGCCCGCCGAGGAAUUGAAGCGCUACCAGGACCAGCACGCCCUGGUGGACGAGAUUGUGGCCCGCUUCGAAGCGAGCACCUACUCGGAUUCCAAUGCCGCAGACAGAGAGUACAUUGUGGAGCGGAUGCAAAAGAUGCAGGAGCUAGGCUCGCCACCCUCGGAUCUGGUGGGGGAUCUCGACACAGCACAAGAAGCCUUUGCCGGUGCCGACGAGCAAUGUAAUCCGCAGUAG